CCUCCAAACAACUUUCCUAUAGGUCGACGCUUUCAGGACCAGCACCUCAAUGGUCAAUGGCCGAUAUUUCCUUUUUGUCGAGGGAAUAUGUAUUUGGGAUGUCAACUUGAGCCAUACGCUAUUCUCUAAAGCUCAUAUCGGCGGCCUAAAGUAAUUCUACGCCAUUGAGGCUCGUCCAUAUCAUCAACACUCUCAUCACUCUCAAAACCUGAACAAUUUUGCGCCAUGGGCCUUACACCUAUACGUAUUCGAAGCAAGCGAAAAUUUCCAUCGCGAGGCAAACCAUCCCCAUGGCAAACUAUCACAUCUAUACCUGACGACAAAAUCAGUCCCCCCAAGAAGAUGAAGCGCUCACUAUCAAACGUCCUCGCCUCUCGAUCUACGCGUUGGCGGCCGGCUAUCCAAGCUCUUCCGGCCGAAAUCUUGGAGAGUAUAUUCCUUUACAGCGGCAAUGUUGCCCUUCCCCGGUCUGCACCGAUCAUAGGAUCAAAGCUAUCUGGACGGGCUACUCUCAUCAGGUUUAUCAUAUGGGCGUUCCAAGAUACUUGGGAACAAUCGUUCGGUGACCCUGAGAAGUUUGCGGCAAUAGAUAAGAAUCGCGUAUCUGGCAAUUGGCAACUCCAGUCAACCAUAUUGUGCCUACCUUGGAUCACUGCAGAAUUCAUUCUCCAGGCGCAACAGACCUGGGUAGAAAAAUACGCCAGAGACCAACAUUAUCGUCAUUAUCUUCCUCGGUUGGAUGAUGACGGUGACCCCUUUAUUUAUGGUCACAGCCAUCAUUUCGAAGGUGGCGUAGGGCACUUCAACUCGCAGCAGUGUUUUGAAGCUGAUUAUCAGGAGGUUCUGUCCUGGAAACCUUUCGAAAGGGUGGGAUCAUGGGGUGGCUGUGAUGUUCAUCCAAAGGUACGCGUUCCUACAAUCCUCAUCACCGGUCCAUGGGACGAGAAGAACCUACGCCUCCUGUUCUGGCUUCGAAGGGGUGGGCUAGUCUAUGGCCUAGAAGAGCAUGAUAGAUCGUGGGAGAUUCAGCUGGACUGUCUUCGUAACGCAUUUAUCGACGCACCGGAGCCCAAUGUCUUCAUCACAAAUUUGAUUGAUCUCACUGCACUGUGUCAGGGUCUACCGAGAGAUAUUGCCAGAGAGCAAAGAAGACGCAUUGAUCAACGGCUGAAAUGGGGUGCCGAUAGUGUCAUCUCAAAAGAGAUACUUCGACAGGUCUAUGGGACGAUAGGGAUGUUUCACGAUGGCUUUGGCACUUCAAGCUCCCCGAAAUAACGGCUGGUAGUCUUCUUUCUUGGCCAAAGAGACAGCACUGCCUCCCGGUUGUUCCCCUCAUGUCCAAAUCUGCACCCGCAAGACUAUUGGGUAAGCACUGUCACUUCGGGCUACCACAUUCAGCUCGCCGACAUAUAUCGUAACCUAGUUGGCUUCAGCCAACAUCAGAGUCAGGGCACGAUGGCAGUGAAGGUUGUCGCACUAGGGCUCAGCAGGAUUCGUGUGAACUCAUAAUGGCUCAUCGUGCAUCAUAUCACCUGCACAAAACCCCGACGCCCCUGAGGCUCGUCAGGCCUAGCAGUCGCGGGGCCAUCACGCCUCAAAAUAAGGAAUCGAGUUCAU